AUGGAGGUGCCACCGUCUGUGGAGAUCACCGACGGGCAGCGCCUUGAGACUGAGCAGCUGCAGGACGAGAGCAGUAUGGAUGGAGUACAGCAGACAGGGGAGCAGCAGAUUGGGGAGCAGCAGACAGGGAAGCAGCAGAGUGGGGAGCAGCAGAUAGGGGAGGAGCGGAUUGAGGAGCAGCAGAUGGUGGACCAGCAGCUCGGGGAGCAGCAGACAGGGGAGCCGCAGACAGGGGAGCAAGAGAUGUGGGGAAUUAGAGAUGGUGGUCGUGUGUUGGUUUCUGGGACGACCACUGCACCAGUGCGUCGCUCCACUCGCAUCACUCGUGGUGUCCCGCCUGUUGAACUGUCCACCAAGGCGAGGGGCGUGAACCCUAAGCCGUCUCGUCGUGCCACUGCCUUCGUGUGCGACCGCAGUCCCACUGCUGUCUCGUUCCGCGCUGAAAUUGCCGCCGCAUUCGUGUGGCAGCAGCAGCACUGUCGCCAGCCUGGCGGUGAUAAGCAAGCAGCGGGCGGGCGGACAGCAAAGAUUUCAGACGAGGAUCUUCUCCGCCUGCAGCGGCUGGCAGAGCUGCAGGCGGGGGUGGUGCGGGUGGUGGGGGCGUGCUGUGGCAGGGACAGCAGCGGGGUGGCUCUGGUGGGGACGGCGAGGAAGGACCCGUGGAGUACACCGUGGCAGGGAUCAGCCGCUGAUCAGUGCUCCCAGCGACGGCACGACGAGCAAGUGAGUGGUAUUUUGGGAAACUGCGUGUAUGGGGGUGUGUGGGGAAGUGCGUGCUUCUUGGUUGAAUCGGCCCAAGCGGCGGACAGAACUGCAGCUUUUGAGGCGCCUCAAAUGGCGGCUGGCAGAGCUGCAAGUUUUGAGGCGCCACAAAAGGUGGAAGGUGAGGAUCUGCUGAGGCUGCAGCGGCUGGCAGAGCUGCAGGUGGAGUUGGUGCUGGUGGUGGGGGGUUACAGUGGGAGGGAGAGCAAAGGGUGCAGUGGGAGGGAGAGCAGGGGGUUGCAGGGGCUGCUUGGAAGGCCCCUUGGACUGUGGCGCUGUUUGGUGCUCCCAGCGAUGGCAGGACAAACAAGUGAGUGGUUGUUUGGGACAGUGUGUGCAUGGGAGUGUGUGAAAAAUGCGUGCAUGCGGUGGGAGGAAGAGCAGCGCGUGCCUCUGGUGGCGGCUGGCAGGAUGGCCCCUUGGACGUGGCGCUGUUUGGUGCUCUCAGUGACAGCAGAACGAGCAACUUUGCUCUCCUUCCCCCCCACCAACAGGCGCCGUGUGGAGGUGACUGAUGUUUUGGUCGAGCGCGAGUUUGAAUUGGCACUAGAGGUGAUCAGCUUCCUGCACCAGCCAGCCGUGCAGAUCAAUGUCAGCGUGGCAGCCUCACUGGCGGAGAAGCAUCAGCACCGCGUGCUGUUUGAGGGGCUUAUGGACCAGAUCAAAUGCAUGUUGCAUGCACGCUGCCGCCCGCUGACAUGGACGAGCGUGGCAGCCUCGCUGGCGGAGAAGCAGCAGCACCGUGUGCUCUUUAAGGGGCUCAUGGACCAGAUCAAAUACAUGCUGCCGCCCGCUGGCAUCGGGAAGCAGCAGCACCAAGUGCUGUUUGAGAAGCGUAUAGACCGGAUCAAGUACAUGCUGCCGCUCGCUGACAUGGAUGAGGUGAUUGGAGCAGCAGUGAUGGUCUACACCCACACUGCCAUCAAGCUGUCAAAUCUCUCCCUGACCUUCACCAGGCGGCAAGACAUGUCCCGAUCUGUGAAGCUGCCAAAGGAGCGGAUCGACCGACUCAUCCACAUGCUGUCAGACUAG